AUGGAGAGAAUUGUUCAACAGACUGAUCUUGAUGCAUUGUCUUGUAAAAUGGCGGCUGUUUCGAAGGGGUAUCUUCCUUCCAAGGAACUGCAGGAGAACGUUUGUGGUUUUUCCGAUUAUAAGACCAUCCAUUUGGAAUAUUUUAAAAGCAUUAUGAAAAAUUUGGGUAGAAGGGCCCAAGGCCAAAUCAACAGAUCUUUGCAAUCUUCUUUCCCUGUGAUGAAUUAUGGGACUUAUCUGCGAACAAUAAGCAUCGAUAUGGUAUUGCAUGAUUAUAUAUCGAAUCACAAUGAUGAUGGGUUUAUACAAAUUGUCAAUUUAGGUUGUGGUUCGGAUUUAAGAAUGAUACCUUUAUUAUCAAUUUAUCCAAAUAUGUCAUACAUAGAUAUAGAUUACGAGCCAACUAUCAAAUUGAAAGGUAAUCUAUUGGGAAACAGUGAAUUCUUUGGAAAAGUUUUACCAGCUGAUAGAUAUAGGUUAUUAUCUUGUGAUUUAAGUAAACACGAUGAGGUUAUUAACUUACUGAAGGAAGUUACCGAUUUAACCAAACCGACCAUUUUCAUUACUGAAUGUGCUUUGUGUUAUCUGAAGGAUGAUGAUGCCCAACUUCUCAUAAACUCUUUGAUCUCAACAUAUCGCAAAGCUGGUCUCUGGAUAUCUUAUGAUCCCAUUGGAGGUGGUGGAGAAGGUCCUGAUGGUAAGGAUGACAAGAACGAUAGGUUCGGUAAAAUCAUGCAGUCAAAUCUCAGGGAAACAAGAUCAUUGGAAAUGCCAACUUUAUUGAAAUAUCGGAAUAAGGAUUCCUAUUCUUCACGGUUCAAACAACUGCCUGAUGUAAAUAUAGAUGUCAGAAUUCAAAAUUUAUGGGAAUAUUUCACAAAAAACAUCUCUGAUGAAGAAAAACAAAGAUUAAAAGGUUUACAAUUCUUAGAUGAAAUUGAAGAAUUGCAAGUAAUGCAAUCGCAUUAUGUGUUACUCUCUGCCCAAUGGUAA